AUGUCUUCCCAUCCCAAGUCGCUGGACGCGCUUGAACCACUGUUUGAAGCGACUUCCGUCGAAGAGAUCAACACGCCAACCACGCCGUAUGUACGGACUGCAGCGUGCCUGAUUAUCGGCGACGAAGUAUUGAAUGGCAAGACGCUUGACACCAACAGCAACAAGAUGGCAAAGCUGUGCUUUGAACUCGGCAUCGAGAUGAAGCGCACCGAAGUGAUCCCCGACGACCCAGACACAAUUAUUGAAUCAGUGCGACGUGCGGCGAACGAAUACGAUUGGGUCGUGACGAGCGGCGGUAUCGGGCCCACGCCGGACGAUAUCACAUACGAUGCGAUUGCCAAAGCGUUUCACAGCACGCCGCUUGUGUACAAUCAAGAGACGCUACGUCGCAUGGAGGUGAGCAGUGAGAUUCGGUACGGCAAGAAAGACGUGCCGGAGAACGUGCGCUUAGCACGAAGCCGCAUGGCUCUCUUUCCCAAAGAAGCCGAGGUCAUCUUUCCCGUACCCGCCUACUGGGUCCCGAUUGUGCGUGUGCACAAAAAGGUAUGCAUCCUCCCCGGCAUUCCACGCCUCUUUGAAGGGUUGCUGCAUGGCUACCGCCCGUAUAUUGCACUCGACCCUGCCGUGCCGCGGCCCAUUCGGUGCCUGAUCGAGACCAAGAUCCCCGAGAGUGGGCUCAGCCCACUCUUGACGCGCCUUACAGAAGACGGCAAGAGGGACGGCAUCCGUGUCGGGUCGUAUCCCAAGUGGGACGCGGGUGUGCACGUCUCACUCAUUGGCACAGACCAGAGCAUGCUCGAUCGGUACGCCAAAAUUGUGCAGGACGAGACGGGGGGGGAGCUAGUAUAG